UGUUAUACCACGUGACCGUAAAUCAUUACCACCUGUAAAGGUGUGCGAAAUGUAUUACACAUAAUUGACAGUUGAAAUUGACCAUGUUUGGGUAGGAGGAACGUAAACAGAAGAAGAAAAAACAUACAUUUCUAUGUUCACAAGGAAGUUGAAGGAUACAAGAAAUUUGUUAAUGAAUGCAUCUUUGACCUCCACACAGGUAAAAUACCUAAGUGGACUGGGGCGUAAAGAUUAAGGUCAGUGACGUUAAUUCAUUACCUAUUUUACUUAUGUUCACCGGUAGUCUACUGAUCAAAAGAUCAUAAUGGGAACAUUCAAGAUGAAUAGGAAUUCGGCUUAUGAUAUUUAUUUAUGAGGAUUUAAGCGAAAACUGUAAACAUCAAAAUGAGUCUUUUUAACUGGAAAAAGAGUUUGGCAAUAAGUGAUAAAGAACCUACAUUUAAAGUUCGAUAUCUUGGGAAUGUACAAACCGCUAUGAUGAAAGGAGAGGGUUGUGUUGACAAGCCAGUAACAAUUAUCUGGAAUAAUUAUACGCGAAGUUCACAUCCUGGUUUAGAAAUGAAGUUGACAAUCACGAGUUCUGGACUGAGUGCCUUCACUAAAGAGCAGGGGAUCACUGAAUACCGUGCUCAUCGUAUUUCCUAUUGUAUUGCUCACCCAAAAUAUCCCAGAUUAUUUGUCUGGGUUUAUAGACAUGAAGGUAAGAAAAUGAAAGUAGAACUACGAUGUCAUGCAGUUUUAUGCAAAACCGAGGCAAAGGCGAAGGCACUUGCAGUUCAAUUACACGAGAAACUUAAAUUUGCCUUAAAGGAAUUUUGCAGAGAAAAAACACGGAAACAGAAUUCACGGUUAGUGUUGCAAAGAACUAAUUCAUUACCUCAGUCCGGUGAAAUUCUGCCUAAAAGGACUAAGUUUUUGAGCACAGGACAAAAAUUCAAACCACCAAUUUCAAAAUCAAACACGGCACCCAAACUGGGUGACAUAUGGGAGGACCCAAUUGAUGAAGAAUUAGCAGAAAUCGACGAGGAAGAUGACAUGCUCGACGAAGAAGAACCACAAUCACCCACGGUUAGAGCAUUAGACUUGGGGGGCAAACCAAUUGAUGUGGAUUCUCUUAGUAAUCGUGUUAUAGACCUAGAAAUCGGAAACAAUAUAGACGAAUUAAAAUUGAAUAGUGAUGUACAAUUCUGUUUAAACGGUGACUCAGAUGAUGAAAGUUCUGAGUCUGGUUUUCACGAGCAAGAUCAAGAAGGGAUCAAAGACGGUGUGAAUACGAUAGAUAGUACAAGUCUAGAGGGCGAAGUAUGUGAGAAUCCGUCAGGGGAAGUUCUAGAAGAACGUACAGUGAUGACAUGUUUAUAAUCUUGUACAACUAUGACAG